AUGGCUGCCACAUUGAAGCUCACAGUCGCCUUCCUCCUCCUCGUCUCCGCGCUGGUGGCGUUCGGCGACGCCAAGAAGGCGCCGUGCGCCGUGGUGUGCGUGCAGGGAGGGCACAUCACCUGCGACAACUACCCCGGGCAGAAGCUCGACGGGUGCGACUGCCAGUGCGCGCCCAAGGACGGCAAGGGCUGCGUGCUCCACCUCAACAGCGGCUCCACCAACCAGUGCACCACCCCGCCGGAGUACUGA